GAUGAUCUGAUCAUCGUUACCUCUCGGAUUAGACACAGUCAGAAAGCAUCCAUGUUGGAUGCCGCUCUCGCACGAGUCAAUCGAGAAUCGAGGAGCACGAAGAGGAUGACAUGUGUCACGGAGGGUCACAAUCUUCACGCACUUCUUGGCUGUGACCUUUGCGUCCCAUAGCGCUAGGUGAUAUCGAAAGACGAGUCUUAUACUGCUCCUCCCGCCUUGAAUGAACACCCUGGUGUCUUUCAGCCGAUAAAACUAUUUCCGGAGGCAACUCUGUUUACAGAAACUUUCGGGAGCUGGUGUCAAGUUGCCACUCUGCUACUUUCCUUGGCUAUCUGCUGACAUCACCUUGAAUCCUUUUGGCGGAGUCUGUUUUUUUUUCUCGUGCAUCUCGGUUACACUUUUUGUUUUGUCGGCAUUUCUUGUCUCCAAUCGAGAUUUCACACUCGGAAGGCUCUCGUAUUUUUGUCGAAUAACGAUCGUUUCUGGAUGGAUCUGACGAUGGCCAUUUGUUGGAUCUACCGUAUCUCGCUCCUCGAUUGUCCUAGUCUGUUUGAUUUGUAGACACUUUCUCUCCGAUCUUGGUCUGACUCAUUUAUGGCAUUCCGAUCUAUACCAUGCAGCCGUCCGUCCGUUCGGCCUCGCAAUCUUUCG